UGUGGCUUUCUUCUCGUCUAGGAACGACCAUAAUCGCUUCAUUUCGAUUGGUUUCCAUCAAUCAGUGAAGUCUGUAGAGCUCGUAUCAAUUUUUUGUCCAAGUAUUUGCCGCUAUGGAAACAUUAGUAGCUUGGUCAUUUUAUUGUCCGACAGUGCUUUCUUCUCAAGUAAAAAUUUCCUCUCAAAGGUUUCCUCGCAAGUGUCCAAGUUGCUCUUAUGGAGGUUGCAUAUUGCGCCGCCGAGUUACCUGGAAAGUAACCAAGAACUCGUCUCACUCUGGAAUAAGUUUAGGAGAAACACGCAGUUGUGUAAUUUGCGAAAGUGAUAUUUAUUGUAAAACAGAAAUUGGUCGCCCGAAGCCCUCAGUAACCGGAAAGCCUGGAAAGCUGGACUUCUCGAAAGGAGGAUCAGAAGCGGGUCAAGCUCAAAGAGAAAGAGGAGGUGUUGCAGUCAAAGUUAAACCCAAACGUAAAACCAAAAAGGAGAAAAAAGGAAGAGUUGGAACACAAUUGGCGCGUUUUGUUGCAUAACGAUGAUAUUCAUACAUUCGACUACGUCAUAACAGCUAUUGUAAGUGUCGUAAAGACCGUGUCUAGAAAGAAAGCACAUAGAGUGACUAUGGAAGCUCACAGCUGUGGCGUUUCAACAGUAACUACCACGUGGAAGCAACUGGCAGAAGAGUACUGCUUAGGUUUGCAGAGAUACGGCUUGACCACUUCUAUUGCACCAGAUAGCUUAUUCAAGCCAUAACCAAAUAAAAUGUUUUGGGAUAUUCAAACUUGAACUAUUUCGAGACAUUUUUCAACUUUUUGUUUAGAAAAUGCGAAAUUUCUAA